GUAAUGAAUGAUUAGCUUACGCUAUUAUUUUAAAGCAUUUUGAUAGAAUAGCAUACUAUUUUUCUGUUUCCAUAAAGUACAUAUAUAUCGUCAUUCAUGAUGGCGAGUGAGUAUGUGCUGCUGAGCCUGGUGAUCUGCUGUGUUGCGGCUGUGGAGGUUCAGAGGCCGCGAGGAGUUCCUCUCUCAAAGCGAAACUUCUAUGAGGAGAACAGCCCGUUUACCUGUCUGGACGGGUCCCGCACCAUUCCGUUUGACCGAGUGAACGACGAUUACUGCGAUUGCAAAGAUGGCUCAGACGAACCAGGCACUGCUGCAUGUCCCAACGGAAGCUUUCACUGCACUAACGCUGGCUUCAGACCCACCUUCAUCCCGUCAUCCCGCAUUAAUGAUGGCGUCUGUGACUGCUGUGACACAACUGAUGAGUACAACAGUGGAGCCAAAUGUGAAAACACUUGCAGGGAGCUGGGCCGAAAGGAAAAAGAUGUUUUGCAGAAGAUGGCAGAGAUCACCAAAGAGGGUUUCCUACUGAAACAGCAGCUUAUCCAGGAAGCUAAGAAUACACAGCAAGAAAAACGGGCUAAACUGAGUGAACUGCAGAACAAUAAGAGGGAAGUGGAGGACAAGGUGGAGGCAUUGAGGACAGUUAAAGAGACUGUAGAACAGCCCGAAAAAGAAGCCAAAGAGCGACAUCUCAAGGCUUGGGAGGAACAACAGGCAGUCAUCCACGCAGAGAAGGACAAAGUCAGAAUGGUAGAAGCUUUUCAUGAGCUUGACGAUAAUGCAGAUGGCUUUGUUUCUGUUGCUGAGCUGCAGACACACACAGAGCUUGAUUCUGAUGCUGAUGGUACUUUGUCUGAGACAGAAGCCCAGGCGCUGCUUGGAGGAGUAGACCAAGCAGACUCAGCAGCUUUUGACAGUUUGUGGAGCAACAUUAAGGACAAGUAUAUCUCAGAGUCCCAGCCUGUGGAGCCAGCUCCGGUGGACAGUCCUGCAGAAGAAACCAAAGAGCCUGUCACAGAUAACGACUCAGAGCCAUACCCUGAUGAUGACGACGUUCCAGAAGACGAGGAUGAGGAUGCUGACGAGGAAGACGAUUAUCCGGAGGAAGACCUCGAUAAGUCCCCUCCCACCAAAAUAACUCCGGAGAAAAAGGAGGACGACGAGGACACCAUGCCACCCUAUGACGCUGAGACUCAGGCCUUGAUUGAUGCUGCUCAGAAAGCCAGAGAUGACUUUGAGGAAUCUGAGAAAGCUCUUCGAGAAGUGGAAGAUCAAAUCAAAAACACUGAGAAAGAACUUUCAUUUGAUUUUGGACCCAGUGCAGAGUUCUUCCACCUGUACAGCCAGUGCCACGAGCUCACAACUAGCGAGUAUAUCUACAGACUUUGUCCUUUCAACCGUGUUUCCCAGAAACCAAAGUACGGAGGCUCAGAGACCAACCUUGGGACAUGGGGAUCCUGGGCAGGACCUGAGAACAACAAGUACCUAGCAAUGAAAUAUGAACAUGGCACAGGCUGUUGGCAGGGUCCCAGCAGGUCCACCACAGUGAAGCUGACCUGCGGGAAGGAAACGGUGGUCACGUCCACCUCAGAGCCCAGCCGCUGUGAGUACCUGAUGGAGUUCACCACGCCCGCCGUAUGCCAGGAGCCGCUCCCCGGCGACUCAACUCUACAUGGGCACGACGAGUUUUAGUGCAUUCCGAAACGUCAGUAGUCACUAGCUGUCUGACGACCUCACCCACGUUUCUAUCGAGCACUUCUCCUGUUGUGGUUCAUUCACCUCUGCUCAGAUCUACGUAAUGGUGAAACUAGUAGUGAACAGUGAAUCAGAGGCUUUGUGUAGUUGUUUACUUGUUUAUGUUUGUUGGUUUGUUUGAUUAGUUUUUACUAAUGUAUACUUCUGCUCACAUUCCAUCAAUUUCAGUGUCAGAAAUAAAGUCCAAUUUUAAAAAGCUCAA